AUGACAGCAUUAAUUAAUAGGUCAAUAAGGAUACUUGGCAUUGGUACAGACAUUGUAAAGAUUGCUCGCUUCACAAACAACUCAGAGAAUGAGAGAUUCUUAAAGAGAGCGUUUCAUACUGAUGAGAUCAAUCGCUUCAACGAUCUGAAGCGAACGGUCAGUGAUCAGUCGGCUCUGCAGUACCUGGCCGGAAGAUGGGCUGCCAAGGAGUCCGUGUACAAAGCGUUUGGCGGUCGUGAUCGCGCCCGACUCAACUUUCAAAACAUACGCAUCAUGACCAAUGAGCGCGGCACUCCCUAUGUCGACCUGGUUGGCAACACACGAGAGCUGGCCAAUGAGCUAGACGUUUCCACCAUCCAUCUAUCAAUCUCACACGACACUGACUAUGCAGUGGCCAACGCAAUAAUCGAACACUAUUACAAUCAAUCACAAGAUACGACUAAACAAUGA